AUGUCUUCACAGAGACCAGUCCCUGACGUAGACCAGUUUGCUGUUUCUGUGGACGAGCAGACGUCCCGCUGUCCUCUGUGUCAGGACGUCCUAAAGGAUCCAGUCUCCACCAGCUGCGGUCACUGGUUCUGCAGACACUGCAUCUCCUCAUACUGGGACCAGUCUGGUCCACCAGGAGACUCCUGCUGUCCCCAGUGUGGACAGAGACCCAGACCAGGACCAGAUGUUCUUCUGCAGAAGGUUCUAGAUGAACACAAGAUCAGUCUGAGGAGCAGAUUUGAACAUGUAACUGAAGGAACUGAAGGAACAGGAAGUAGAACCCUCCUGAACAGGAUCUUCACUGAGCUCUACAUCACAGAGGGACAGAGUGAAGAGGUCAAUACUCAACACGAGGUGAUGCAGCUGGAGACGACCUCCAAGAAGAAGAUGGUCCAGGACACUUCCAUCAAAUGCUGCGACAUCUUUAAAGCCUUACCUGACCAGCAGGGGAGCAUCAGAGUCGUCCUGACCAACGGCGUCGCUGGUGUUGGAAAAACCUUCUCGGUGCAGAAGUUCACUCUGGACUGGGCCGAGGGUUUGGAAAACCAGGACAUGAAUCUGCUGAUUGUGCUCUCGUUCAGGGAGCUGAACCUGAUCAGAGAUCAGCAGCACAGUCUUCUCACGCUGCUCCAUGUUUUCUAUCCAACAUUAGAGAAGGUCAGAGCAGAGGAGCUCGCUGUCUGUAAACCUUUGUUCAUCUUUGACGGCCUGGAUGAAAGCAGACUCUCACUGGACUUCAGCAGCAGGACGCUGGUUUCUGACGUCACACACAGGUCAUCAGUCAACAUGCUGCUGACCAACCUCAUCCAGGGGAAUCUGCUCCCCUCGGCUCUCAUCUGGAUAACUUCUCGACCUGCAGCGGCCAAUCAGAUCCCUCCUACAUGUGUUGCCAGGGUAACAGAAGUACGAGGCUUCACUGACGACCAGAAGGACGAGUACUUCAGGAAGAGAUCCAGAACUGCAGAUCUGUCCAGCAGAAUCAUCUCACACAUCAAGACGUCCAGGAGCCUCCACAUCAUGUGUCAAGUCCCAGUCUUCUGCUGGAUCAGUGCUACAGUUCUGGAGCACAUGUUGACCACAGAGCAGAGAGGAGAGCUGCCCAAGACCCUGACAGACCUGUACUCACACUUCCUGCUGGUUCAGACCAAGAGGAAGAAGAACAAGUACGAUAAAGGACGUGAGACGAGUCCACAGGAGCUGAUGAAGGCCGACAGCGACUUUCUUCUGAAGCUGGGGAGGCUGGCCUUUGAACAUCUGCAGAAAGGAGACAUCAUGUUCUACCAAGAAGACCUGGAGCGGUGUGGUCUAAGUGUGACAGAGGCCUCAGUGUACUCAGGAGUUUGUACAGAGAUCUUCAGAAGAGAGAGCGUGAUCUUCCAAAAAUCAGUCUACUGCUUUGUUCAUCUGAGCGUUCAGGAGUUUCUGGCUGCAGUCUACAUGUUCCACUGUUUCACCAACAGGAAGACAGAGGUACUGCAGGACUUCUUCAGACAAGAAGAUAAAGACAUGAAGACAGAGGUCCGGGAGAACUUCCUGAGAAAACCUCAUUGUAUUGACAAGCUCUCCUCAUUUUUUGAAACCGUUGCUGAGAGUGACUUAUCUCUGGAUGUGUUCCUGAACGCAGCCAUGGAGAAAUCCCUUCAAAGUGAAAAUGGUCACCUGGACCUGUUUGUUCGCUUCCUUCAUGGGCUCUGUCUGGGAACCAACCAGAGACUCUUAGGAGGUCUGCUGGGUCAGACUCAGAACAGUCCAGAAAUCAUCCAGAGGGUCAUGGAGAACCUGAAGAAGAUGAACACAGAGAACAUCUCACCUGACAGAAGCAUCAACAUCUUCCACUGUCUGACAGAGAUGAACGACCAAUCAGUGCAUCAGGAGAUCCAAGAGUUCAUGAAGUCAAAGAACAGAGGACAGAGACUCUCUGUGAUCCACUGCUCAGCUCUGGCCUACAUGCUGCAGAUGUCUGAGGAGGUUCUGGAUGAGUUGGACCAGAGCAAGUACAGAACAUCAGACCAGGGGAAACAGAGACUGAUCCCAGCUGUGAGGAACUGCAGGAAGGCUGAGUUGAGGGGCUGCAGUUUGACAGACAUCAGCUGUUCUUCUCUGGUCUCAGCUCUGAAGUCCAACCCCUCACACCUGAGAAAACUGAACCUGAGUCUGAACAAGCUGCAGGAUUCAGGAGUGAAGCUGCUGUGUUCUGGACUGGAGAGUCCACAUUGUAGACUGGAGACUCUGAGGUUGAGGGGCUGCAGUUUGACAGAGAUCAGCUGUUCUUCUCUGGUCUCAGUUCUGAAGUCCAACCCCUCACACCUGAGAGACCUGAACCUGAGUGAGAACAAGCUGCAGGAUUCAGGAGUGAAGCUGCUGUGUUCUGGACUGGAGAGUCCACAUUGUAGACUGGAGACUCUGUGGUUGAGGGGCUGCAGUUUGACAGAGAUCAGCUGUUCUUCUCUGGUCUCAGCUCUGAAGUCCAACCCCUCACACCUGAGAGACCUGAACCUGAGCUGGAACAAGCUGCGGGAUUCAGGAGUGAAGCUGCUGUGUUCUGGACUGGAGAGUCCACAUUGUAGACUGGAGACUCUGUGGUUGAGGGGCUGCAGUUUGACAGAGAUCAGCUGUUCUUCUCUGGCCUCAGCUCUGAAGUCCAACCCCUCACACCUGAGAGACCUGGACCUGAGUCUGAACAAGCUGCAGGAUUCAGCAGUGAAGCCUCUGUGUGAUCUUCAGAAGAGUCCAGACUACAGACUGAAGACUCUGUUGUGGAAGUCAUGAACGUGAUAAGUGUGUGUGUGUGUGUGACGCUGCUUCAACAGAUCUGUGACAGAACUCCAACGAUGAUGGUGUGAUUUUUCAGUCCUAACGUCCUGAACCUGUGAUGAGCUGUUUCCACAUUUAACAUAAUGUGUCUUUAAUCCAAGAGUAUUCAUCUACAAUGUUAAUAAUAUCCAUAACCUUUAUUACAUUAUGUAUAAUUACAUAUCUAACAGUUUAACCCUGACCAGUCAACAUGUGUUUCCUUUUCAUUUGCAUCAGUUCAAUGUAUCUAUGUUGUCUACUGAUGAGUUUUUAAAUAAUGCUUUUAAAAUAUAUAGAAUGACUCAGCUCCUAUGAAACAAAUACAAAUACAAGAACACACACAUAUUCUUGUACAGUGUUCUUCUUGAGGACACCCAGAGACAUGA